ACAAAAUGGGACCUCCAGCAAAGCGUCGCAAGAUCGACGUGAUCCGCCGCCAAAAGCCAGUGGAAGAGUUGACCUUCAGCAUCGAUGCGCGCCAAGAAUACCUCACCGGCUUCAGUAAGAGGAAAGCUGCCAGGAGAGAGCAGGCGCGAGAGCAGGCCAUUAAAGAGGCGAAAGAGGAGAAGAUUCGGGAGAGAAAAGAGCUACGGGAUCAAAGAAAAGCCGACCUCGAAACACACGUCGCAGAAGUCAACAAAGUCCUCAGAGAACAAAAGGCACUGGCCAUAGGAAAAGAUCCCGAUGAAGUGGACAGCGACGCCAGCGACGAGUUUGGCGGCUUCGAUGACGAUAAAAACAACUCUUCUUCAAUAACGGGAGAAGGAGAACCACUACCCGACGAUGCAGAGUACGUAGACGAGGACAAAUAUACCACAGUCACCGUCGAAGCUAUGGAUGAGUCUGAGGACGAGGAGGAAGUAGCGGCGAAGAAGGCCGCGGAAAAGGCACAUUACGCAAAGAUCGAAGAAGAAAAAGCAGCAGAACUAGCGGCGAAGAGGAAGAAAAGACCUUGGUUGAAGGAUGGAGCGGAGAAGCCGAAGAAGAAGAAGUUCAGGUAUGAGAGUAAAGCGGAAAGGAGCCUCACGAGGCAGAAGCAGAAGAGCAAGAGUUCGAAAGCGGCCAAGGAGAGGAGGGGGAAGAGUGAGAAGUAACACCAAGAAGUCCUCAGCUUGUUGAUGUUGGAAUUGAUUAAU